AACUCUUGCAGCCUGCUGGAGGGCGCGGCUGCUGGAGGCUGGCUGGCUGUCAGUCUGUCUGUCAGCCCCGCCGGGCGGCAUGCGCUCCAGCCUGCGCUGCUCGCACCAGCCCUGCCCCGCAGAGCGCCGUCCCCCAGGGCACCGCCACCCGAAACUGCAGCGCCCCAGGGCCCACCGCCCGAGCCAUGGCCGCGCUGGUGCGCACGCUGGGAGCCCGCCUAGCGGCGGAUCCUAGUCCCGGGCGGAAGGGGCUGCUGGGCGCGGGGGCCCCUCGGCGGUGCGGGCCCUGGGGGGCACAGGCCGGGGACAAAGGAGCCCGGCGGCCCGGGCCAGCAGCACCCCUCGGCCUCGCCGCCAUGCCGGGGCCCGGGACGGCCGCCAACUUGCGGGAAUUCUUCUGCCGGGACGGCUUUAGCCGUGUCCACGACAUCCAGCAGAAGCAUAGACGGGAAUAUGGAAAAAUCUUCAAGUCUCACUUUGGUCCUCAGUUUGUAGUAUCUAUUGCAGACCGAGACAUGGUAGCUCAGGUGCUGCGGGCAGAGGGGGCCGCACCCCAGAGAGCCAACAUGGGUUCUUGGCAGGAGUACCGAAGCUUACGAGGCAGAUCCACUGGGCUCAUCUCAGCGGAGGGGGAACAGUGGCUCAAGAUGAGAAGUGUUUUGAGACAAAGAAUUCUGAAACCAAAAGAUGUGGCCAUUUUUUCUGGUGAAGUCAACCAAGUUAUUGCUGAUUUAAUUAAAAGAAUCUACAGCCUCAAGAGCCAGGCAGAAGAUGGAGAAACUGUGGUCAAUAUCAAUGACCUUUUCUUCAAAUACUCACUGGAAGGUGUAGCCACCAUCCUGUAUGAGAGCCGUCUUGGUUGUCUGGGAAGCCGCGUCCCACAGUCAACAGUGGACUACAUCCAGGCCCUGAGCCUCAUGUUCAGCAUGUUCAAGACUUCCAUGUACGCCGGGGCCAUCCCCAAGUGGCUUCGCCCCUUCAUCCCCAAGCCCUGGCGGGAGUUCUGCAGGGCAUGGGACGGACUCUUCAAAUUCAGUGAAAUUCACGUUGACAACAAGCUGAGGGACAUACAGUGCCAGAUGGAGCGAGGGCAGAGAGUGAAAGGGGGCCUGCUCACCUACCUCUUCCUCAGUCAGGAGCUGACACUGCAGGAAAUCUACGCCAACAUGACUGAGAUGCUACUGGCGGGUGUUGACACGACGUCCUUCACCUUGUCCUGGGCAGUGUACCUCCUGGCAAGACACCCGGAAGUGCAGCAGACUGUGUAUCAGGAGAUAGUGAAAAACUUGGGGGAAAGGCAUGUUCCAACUGCAGCAGAUGUCCCCAAAGUCCCACUGGUCAGAGCUCUGCUUAAGGAAACUCUAAGGCUGUUCCCAGUGCUGCCGGGAAAUGGCCGAGUCACCCAGGAGGACCUGGUCAUUGGCGGCUAUCUGAUCCCCAAAGGGACCCAGCUGGCCCUUUGUCACUAUGCCACAUCUUAUGAGGAUGACAACUUCCCUCGGGCCAAGGAGUUUCGGCCUGAACGCUGGCUGCGGCAAGGAAACCUAGACCGUGUCGAUAACUUCGGGUCUAUCCCCUUCGGUUACGGAGUCAGAAGUUGCAUUGGACGGAGAAUCGCAGAACUGGAGAUCCACCUCCUGGUGAUUCAGUUGCUCCAACAUUUCGAGAUCAAAACUUCUUCUUGGACCAAAACUGUUCAUGCAAAAACCCAUGGACUUCUGACCCCUGCGGAGCCAAUUCAUGUGCGUUUUGUGAACAGAAAGUGAGCCUGGUGGUCAUCAUAGUGCAGGAGGGAAGUGGCCCUGCUCAGAGGCACUGAGGCUCUGGGAUGCUUGGAAAACUUUCUGUAAACAGCAGGAAAGAUGAUUUUACUUGUGUAUACCAGUGUUGCUUUUUCUUCUGGGAAACAACUGUUGCAAACCAGCACUAUUAAAUUCUCAGGUCUCUUUG